AUGGUGCAGUCAAUUGAAUGGCAUGCUGAGCUGGACACCAUCGUCGCUGAACGGAAGGUACCCCCUCGCAGCUCGCUUCACAAACUCUCGCCAAGGAUUGAUGACCAUGGUGUACUGCGUGUAGGCGGUCGACUAAAACAUGCAGUGCUGAGUGAGGAUCAACGCCAUCCUGUGAUCCUGCCUCCGGGAUCUCACUUAACUUACUUGGUUAUUGAUGCCUUUCAUCGUCGCACUCUCCACGGGGGCGUUCAGGCGACCUUGACAGCCAUCAGAAGACACUUCUGGAUACCUCGAGGACGACAGCUGGUGAAGCGUCACAUCCAUAGGUGUGUGCAGUGCAUAAGAUGGCGGGCAGCUUCUCCGCAACCAAUGAUGGGCAGUCUUCCGAGGUCAAGAGUGACGCCCAGUCGGCCAUUCUCACACACCGGCGUGGAUUUUGCAGGACCGAUCCUACUGAGGACAUCCAAAGGCCGAGGUCACAAGGCCUAUAAGGGAUUCCUGGCCGUUUUUGUGUGUUUUAGUUCGAGGGCUGUACAUUUGGAAGUGGUGAGCAACUACACCACUGAAGCUUUUCUUGCAGCUUUUCGCCGCUUCACAGCUCGACGCGGCCUGUGCCGGACGGUUUACAGCGACUGCGGAACCAAUUUCGUGGGAGCAGACGCCCAGCUUCGCGCCUUGUUUGACGUUGCCAGUCAAACCGCUCACAACAUCAUCGGGAAGCUGGCCACAGAAGGGAUUCGGUGGCACUUUAACCCGCCAGCUGCUCCGCAUUUCGGUGGUUUGUGGGAAGCAGCGGUGAAGUCAGUGAAGCACCAUCUCAGACGAGUCAUUGGCGAGGCCACACUCACCUUCGAGGAGAUGGCUACAUUCUUGGCAGAGGUGGAAGCCUGCCUGAACUCACGUCCACUUCAGGCCUUGACGGAUGAUCCGGAAGACCUUGACGUAUUAACUCCGGGGCAUUUCCUCAUUGGAGCUCCUCUCAUCGCAAUUCCGGAACCAUCCUUACUAGACACUCCUUCUAAUACGCUGAGUCGCUGGCGCCUCCUGCAAAGUAUGCGAGAUCAUUUUUGGCAUCGAUGGUCUCAGGAGUACUUACAGGGACUCACUCCACGACCGAAAUGGUGGAAGGUUGCAGAAAACUUACAGGAGGGGCAACUGUGUCUCCUGAAAAACGAGAAUACGCCUCCAUCUCGAUGGCCGCUGGCUCGGAUAAUUCGCCUGCAUCCAGGAGACGACGGCCAGGUACGCGUGGUGGAAGUACGGACCCCAGUCAGUCGGCUGAUUCGACCUGUCGUAAAGAUUGUGCCCUUGCCGCUUGCUGGGGAGGACCGAACCGCUUCACAAGGUUAA